CGGAUUUUUUUUUGUACAAAUUCUUUUUAUAUUUGUUGUAACUAAAAAUAUAAAAAAUAAAAAUAUUUUUUUCGUUUAAAGUUCAUAAACACGUUUUCUCUCUUGAGCUGUCUCAUUUCUGUCCAGUGAGCUUCAUGUUUUCUUUUCACCCAGUACCUGAUCUCACUGCGGAGUGUGCUUAAAAACUAAAAAAUCACUGUUUUUCGUCUAUAAUAUCCAAGGGUAGAAUUGGUAAAAAACGUUGUAACUUAGAUUAAUCAAGAAUUAUCUCUGAUGAAAAUUUGGAAAAGUAGGGUCACCGAACCAGUGAAUGAAUCUAACCCAGUAACGAACAACAUUAAGUCUUCUCCCCCUAAUAAGGUCUGCCCUGCAUAAAAUCUAUUUUCUAUCCUUUUUCAAAUGAAUAUAUCUAUCACAGUUUAUGAUUCAGUAGCAAACAAGCGGCCAGUGAGUAAACGACAGGUGUACGUUGCUGUUGAAAUGUUGGUCUCACCUGUUUAGUAUUAUAGGCGCCAUUUUCUUUAGGAUGGAUCGUAAAUAUUCCAGAUUUAAGUAUUCCGAAGAGCAGUUGUCACUGGCCAUGCAAGCAGUAAAAUCAGGCAGCAUUAGCCUGAGUAAUGCUGCUAGACAGUAUAACAUUCCUAAAUCUACUCUUCACAAUAAAAUUGUUGGGAAAGUACCAAACGUUAGGAAAAUGGGACCAUCACCUGUCUUACAUAAAGAUGAAGAAGCCCGCAUAGAAAAUUGGAUAAUUUCGAAGGCAAAGUUAGAAUUUCCAAUGCAUGCAGAUGAGGUAAAAGACGCAGUGCAAAAGAUUCUGAAGUGUGUGAGACGACCAAUAAAUGGCUACAAUUAUUUUUAAAAAGAAAUCCAAGUAUUACAAAAAGAAACACUGAAAUUAUAUCCAAAUCGCGCGCAUCCGUUACCGAAGAAGCAAUAAAAAAUUGGUUUGCUUUGCUGAACUUAGAAUUUUUCUUGAAGAUGAAAAUCUUUUACAUAACAUGAUGAGUGAACCAUGUCGAAUUUUUAACGCGGACGAAACUGGAAUUAAAACAUGUACAAAAUCAGGUAUCGCUUUAGCUCCUAAAAACUACAAACAUUUGUAUGAAAUAGCAUGUGGGCCAGAAAAAGAGUCAAUUACCGUCCUGUGUAAUUAUAGUGCGUCAGGAGUACCAGCUCCUCCAAUGGUCCUAUUUCCCUAUAAAAGAAUUCCUAAGGACUUAGCAGUAACUGUUCCUGAAGGAUGGGCAAUAGGAAGAUCAGAUUCAGGUUGGAUGACCGCAUCUACCUUUUAUGAAUACAUUGUUAAUGUGUUCUACCCAUGGUUGAUAUCCGAAAAAAUAACUUUUCCCAUUAUAUUAUUCAUUGAUGGCCACAAAUCGCAUUACAAUUUAGAACUUUACGAAUUUUGUAUAGAAAAGCGUCUAAUUUUAUAUUGCUUAUAUCCUAACGCUACACAUAUUCUUCAACCCUGUGACGUUUCCAUCUUUCGACCACUCAAAGUGCAAUGGAAAGAAGCUUGUAGACUCUAUAAGCAAAAAACAAGUAGUGCUAUAACCCGGUAUAACUUCUGUCCAAUAUUCAAGGAAGCAUUUGAUAAGGCGAACAAACCUGACACCAUAACCAAUGGUUUUAAAACAUGCGGUCUUUAUCCAUUAGACCUCAACGCUGUUGAUUAUAACAAGUGUAUAUCAACAAGGCGUAAUGAACUCUUCUCAAAAAAAUCUGCUGAAGAUAACAUUUUAACCCUGGACGAUUUUAAGUCAGCCAUAAAAGUGAUGAAUUGUUUUUUUGACGAAAAUAAAAUUAAUGACUUUAAUAAAAUGUUUGCUGAGAAUUACGUAUCCAGUGAUCCUAACGACGUCUCUAUUCUUUUUGGAAAUUUUGUAAGGCCAAAAUUUCUUAUGAAAUUUCUAGCGAAAUUCCAAAACUUGAUGAAGAAAUCGCUUUCGAUAAGCCUCUUACUGAAUCGUUUUUAGAUAAUAUGCCCAUGGAAAUUGAUGGAAUAUUAUACGAUAUUCCAAACGAAAUAGAGCCAUUUCAAGAUACUGCAGAAGGUAUUGCAGCCAUCUCUCCAAUUUCAUGGGAUCAUGAAUCGACAAUUUUAAAUGAAAGUGGGAAUAGUGAUAAAAAACACGAGAUCAUUUUUGAAACAGCGGCUCAUAAUAAAAUGGGAGUAUUUAAAUCUCAAGAAGGUAAUUCUUUCGAUGAA